ACAGCUUAGAAUUAUCCAAUAUAACCCAACAACUACAAAUAAAGAAACCCGAGAGCCCACCUCGGUGUCGCAAUUCUACAUAGCAGCGCCAUGGCCGAAUCCGAGAACUCGCCAACACAGCCCCCGUCGGUACAGACCAUCCCAGGCCGGCCCGCGCCCAGGAAGCGCAUCGGGUUCCGGAAGUCCCGGAACGGCUGCCUGCGAUGUAAGAAGAGAAAGGUCAAGUGCGACGAAAUGGUCCCUUGUACAUCCUGCGUCCGACACCGAAUACCCUGUAGCCUCGACGAUGCGAGCCUCAAACAGCAGAACAAUGGCUGCUCCUCCAUUAGUGACGACGCCAAGACCUGCCCGCCUUCACAAUCACUCUUGGGGGAUGGUGGACCGUUGGCCUCUCCCACAGGGACUCCUCUCGUCCCAUUCCCGUUUCUAUCGGCAGAUCCAGCCGAUACACCCGAGUGCUGGCUUGCCAAUGCUGAGCUCAUCCUGCAUUACACCAAUGUGACCUGCCGCUCCAUCCCCUCGGGACAUGCCAUCACGACAUACCAGGUCGAUAUUCCGCGCGAGGGCCUUUCUCACCCCUAUCUCAUGCGCAUGAUCAUGGCCCUCUCCUCGUUCCACUUGGCGUACCUGAAUAAGGACAAGCGGCCGCACUAUCUCGCCCUCGCUAAUAAGCAGCAGAGCCUGGCUAUUCGAGGCCUACGCAGGACGCUUAGGCAGACCGUCACUCCGCAAAACUGCCACGCUCUGUGGGUCUCAUCCAUCUUCCUCGCUAUCAGCAAGUUUGCAUUCUCCCCCAACUGUGAGCACCAUCAGGAUAGCUGCUGCUCGGCGCUGUUAAACCUGGUCGAUAUAUUCUCCAUAAUUAACGGCAUGGUGGCAAUUAUGCGCUCAUCCCUCGAUCUUAUCCGAACCGGACCAUUGCAAGCCAUCUUCAGUCAACGGGAUGGCUUUCAAUAUGCCCGAGGCGAUCUCCAGGACUUAUUGCAAAGGGUAUCCGAUCUCGAUGGAGUAUUCAAGUCUAUGGACCUUGACCCAGAUCCGUUUGUCCAAUUGGCCCUGACGUCCGCUCUCGAGCGCCUCAUCAGCUGCGUUGCCGACAUUAACAAGUCUCCUGACAGCAAGUCCUUCCCUACGGAUAUCAAGAUCCUCUUUAUCUGGCCGUCUGAGGUUUCCCAGACGUUUUUUGACUUAGUCAGGGCCCGUCAUCCUCUGGCUGUCAUCAUUCUGUCGCACUACUGUUGCUUAAUACGCUGGUCUUCGUCAGCAUAUUGGUUUUGCCGAGGCUGGGGACGCCUACUGGCGGAUUCUAUCAUGAGCAUACUUGAGGACUCGGAUUUGGCGCACUUGGCUGAGUGGCCGGUGAAGGUGAUGAGUGGAGAUGAAUAGAGGACGCUUAAUGAGCACUGUGGUAUCCAGAUGCAAGUACUGCUCCAGUUGGGAAACGGAUAUUUCGCGAGGAUGGAUGCUCAAGACUAGCAAGGCUCUAAAUGCCAUGGUU